GUUACACACUCGAGCGUAUAUUGAAUUUUGACAGUAAAUUAAAUAUUACUCAUUGAGUUUUAGUUAUUGUGUUUACAAAUCAAUAUAGUUUAGCUUAGAAUUUGCACUAUGGAUUCAUUACCUGUUCUUCGUCAGAAUAUUUAUUUAGUAGGUGACGUAGACGUUCAAAUCGUUGGAAAUCAACUGCCAACAAAUUUACAAGUCCUCAAAUAUUGUUUUUUUACCUACGCCAUGGCAGUUUACAAUUAUGUGACAGUAAACGUCGAGUGAUACAAGAGGUUUUACUAUUUUGGGAAAAAGCUAGUAUCCCCACACAAGUUGAACAUCGAUGCGUACAGAAACUUGACAAUUUGUAUCAAGAAUGGCGUAAUUUACAGAAAAAUCGAUCUCGACCGUCCAACGUUGUUAAAGAGCAGGAUUUUUCUUCAAAUUUGAAUAAACUUUUUGAUAUUGCACAUGGGUUUGUUGAUCACAAUAUUGAUGAAGUCAAAAAAGAGUUUUUGUUAGAUCAACGAAACAAUCGUAGAAAAUAUAUCGCCAACAUUGAAACUCCAAAUAGUGUAGAACAAAGCUAACGUGAAAUUGAAAAACAAGAAAAAUAUUUGCAGAGAAAAAGAAAAGCAGAGGAAGAGCAGCGACGCUUAGACGAAAUAACAGAAUUAGAAUCAGGUAGCUCUGGUUUGUCUGCUCUCGCAUUGAGUCAUAAAAGUGCUGGAUCUAACUUUUCUGCUAGUAAUGAAACUGAAGCAGGCCCUUCUGUUGCCAAGAAGUCUCGUGGAACUGUACUGGUGAUAACACCCAAAUUAUCAGCAGUUCUCGACAGAUGUAAAGUAUCAGAUCGGAAUGCAGUCCAUUUGCUCAUUGCUACGACUCAAGCAUUAAACAUCGAUCCAAAUGAUUUGAUAAUAAACAGAAAUUCAAUUCACUCUACAAGAGAAAAGCAUCGUAGAGAUCUGGCAGAGAAAAUAAAAGGAAUUUUCAACGGAGUUGAUUUGAAGGCAGUGACCCUGCAUUUUGAUGGAAAACUUCUCCCAAACUUGCAGAAGCAUGAAUUAUUUGAGAGACUGCCAGUAGUUGCAACUGCAAAUGGAACUGAACAGCUUUUAGCUGUACCUGAAAUUGAUAAUUCCAUGGGUUCUACCCAGGCAAAAGCAUUAUUCGAAGUCCUUAUUGAUUGGAAUCUUGCUGACAAAAUAAAAGCUCUAUGCUGUGAUACUACUGCUGCUAAUUUGGGGAUUCACAAAGGCGCAGCAGUUAUUUUAGAGCAAUUGUUAGAAAGGCAACUACUCUAUUUUCCUUGUCGACACCAUAUUUUUGAGCUGGUAUUAAGAAGUGCUUUUGAAGUAUAUAUUCCAUCAGUUGGAAGUCCAAACGUUUCUUUAUUUAAACGAUUCCGAGACGGCUGGAAUAAUUUAGAUCAUGCGAAGUUCACAACAGGUAUACAAGAUGGAAGUUUAAAGAAUAAGCUUAUAGAACAUAUCGAUGCAAUCGAUUUGUUUGUGCAGGAUAAGUUGAAAGAUAGAUGUUUAAGAGAUGACUAUCAAGAACUAUUAAAUUUGACCCGAAUAGUCAUUGGCAAGGUUCCACCUUCUGAAGCGAAAUUUAGAUACCCAGGUGCAUUUCACCAUGCUCGCUGGAUGGCAAAAGCUAUUUACGCAUUAAAAAUGUAUUUAUUUCGUGAACGAAUUAAUUUGAAAACUGCUGAAAAACAAGGACUAACUGCAAUGUGUCAUUUCAUUGUAACAGUAUACGUGAAGUCUUGGUUCAUGGCUUCGUCUGCUAUUCAUGCUUCGAACCAUGACCUUCAAUUUUUGAAAGUACUGUUCGAAUAUCAAUCAGUCGAUAAAAAAAUAUCUGAUGCAACAUUGGGAAAGAUGUUGAACCAUCUUUGGUAUCUUAAUCCCCAAUUAGCUGCAACGUCAUUUUUUGACGAUCAAGUAUCAGUUGAAGUUAAAAAAAAAAUGCGAAUAAAGAAACAGCAGUUAAAGAGAUAG